AGAGGGGAGGAGGAGAUGGAGGAGGAGCAGGAGCGACGCGCCACUUCCUCCCCGGCCUCUCCUCUCUUUCCGCCCCGCGAAGGGCGGCGCAGCGUGGACAUGGCGGCGCGGUGCCUGAGGCGGCUGGCCUUUCCGCGCCGUAGGCCGCUGCCGCACGCGGGCCAGCCGGGCUCGGGGGCGGGAAGGGGCGCCAGGCCCUGCUCAGGAAAUGCAGCCCUUCAGAAAAAAUCACCUAAUCUUGAAGUUGACGAAGGAAUUAUUUCUCUUCCAAGAAAGAAAACCUGGGAUAAGUUAGCAGUUCUUCAAGCUCUUGCAUCAACUGUAAAGAGGGAUCCCACAGCUCCUAACUACAUGUUUCAAGACGACCCGUAUCUUAUUCCUCGAACCACUACUGAGUUUCGUUUAUUUUCCUUAUCAAAAGAAUCUGGGGAAAAUGCAGCCAGAUAUAUUCUUGACAAACAUCCUAACCUUUUUGAGAUUGACAUAGCUGAACCUCAUGUACCGGUAAGCUUUGUGGUUUUAUUAUCAUCAUACACAUUAAUUCUUGUUACUAAGAAAAACGUCUGUCCUCUGAGCAUUUCGUAAAAUUAUUCCAUUGUC